AUGGCAGCCACCCGCGUUGCUCUCACCUCUUCAAUGAGGCGAUCGCAAGCAUCUCUCUCUCUUGCACGUCCGCACAUCCGUCUUCUCGCUACACACGCCGCCAACAAACCUGCUACCGCCUCCAGCAGCACAAAGAAGCCAUGCGCAGACUACAUCUCCCUCUCUCAUCCGGACGGCGAUGCAUCACGUGGCUCCAAGAUCGCCGACACACUCGACCGAUUCUCUCGCUCUGUCCUCGCCACAUACUCCCGACCCCAACUCAUCUUCACCCGCGGUAACGGCCUCCAUUUGUACGCAGCUGCUGAUCCCAACACCAACGCAGGCCACACCGAACGCAAGUACCUCGACUUCUCCUCCGGUAUCGCUGUCAAUUCGCUCGGUCAUGCAGACCCAGAAAUCGCCGAAAUCGCCGCUGAUCAAAGUGCAAAGCUCGUCCACGCCAGCAACUUGUACCACAACCAAUGGUCCGGUGAGUUGGCGGAUCGAAUGGUCACCCUGACGCACAAGCAUGGUGGGAUGGGAUUCGAGAAGGGAACCAAACCUUCUACUCCUGAUAGUGCUGGCUUGAAGGUCUUCCUUGCCAACUCGGGGACAGAGGCAAAUGAAGCAGCGCUCAAGUUCGCUCGUAAGGCUGCAAAGUCCCAUCCUACCAAGGGUAGCGAUAAGAAGACGGGUUUGGUUAGCUUUAAGAACGCUUUCCACGGUCGAACUAUGGGGGCGCUUGCCAUGACACCUAACCCUAAAUACCAGGCUCCGUUCGCACCCUUGAUUGGAGAUGUCAAGGUAGGCACCUACAACGAUGUCGCUGGAGUGGAGAGUUUGAUUGACGAGACUACUGCCGGUGUUAUUGUCGAGCCGGUGCAGGGUGAGGGUGGAAUCUUCCCCGCCUCACUCGAGUUCCUUCAGGCUUUGCGAAAGAGGUGUGACGAGGCUGGAGCAAUGUUGAUCUUUGACGAGAUUCAAUGUGGGCUCUUCCGAGCAGGCACGCUUUGGUGUCAUAGCGAGUACCCCACCAAUGCUCACCCGGAUAUGGUGACUAUGGCUAAGCCGCUUGCGAACGGCUUCCCGAUUGGUGCGGUGCUGAUGCGCGAUUCGGUUGCGAACCUGAUUGCGGUUGGUGAUCAUGGUACGACGUUCGGUGGUGGUCCUUUGACUUCCCGUAUCGCACACCACGUCUUGGGUCGAUUGGCAAGCAACGAGUUGGGUGAGAGCAUGAUGGAGUCUUCCCAGGCGCUUUUCAGCCGACUCAACAACCUGGUUGCUAUGUUCCCCGAUCUCUUGUUGAAUGAUCCAGAAGCAGGUAAACCCAGUCCUCGUGGAAAGGGGCUCAUUGUCGGUGUUAGCACAAAGGAUCCGGCUCAUGCUGGCAAGGUUGUUGCUUUGGCACGUCAGCGUGGACUACUCAUCCUCACCGCUGGAUCCGAUACAAUUCGUAUCCUCCCAAGUUUGACCGUCACCAGGGAACAAGUGGAUAAAGCAGUCGACAUUAUCGAAUCUUGUCUGCUCGUCGUUUGUGACGAGCUCUCUCGUUCCACCUCUACCUCCGCAUCCCACCUCUCCGCCUCUAAAUCAAUCGGUCAACAAGCACGAGCAUUCUCCACCACCUCUCGAACUUGUGGUCCUGCACCUACCAAAGACGUCGCCACAUCCGAAGAGAUCCAGUCACUCUACAAAGAGUUUAUCUCCCUCGCUCAGUCCUGGCCUAAGGAUCCCUUGCGUCCUGAGAUUGACUUUGGGAACAGCAUCAUCGCCGCAGCCCAAACUUCACUCCUCUCUAUUCAAAGCCAAUCUUCGUUACAUCCGGAACAAGUCCAUGCGAAGCCCCCUGGCAACCCCCUACCUGACCCGCUGCCAGGAACAAAGACACUCACCAAAGCAGAACUCGAUUACGCAAGGAAGAGCCUUAGGUUGCUGCAGGAGUUGAAGGAGAACAAAGUCUCAAUGGAGUAUCCAUUGCCAGAGUCCAUGCUCAAACCAAAAUCUCAGCCAGAGUAUUACGAUAGGUUAAUCAGGAGCAUCGAUCGUGCAGUAAAGGGGCAAAGUGUUAGUCCAAGCUUAGGGGAGAGAGUUAGGAGGUUUUUCGGUCGUGCUUAA